AUGGCUGCUUCGUCUUCAGAUCUGGAAGGCCUUCACGCCUUCAUUACCGGUGCUGCGGGGGUUGUUGGAAGCCACACAAUUCAAGAAUUCUUAGAUUUGGGCUGCUAUGUCACGUCGCAUGAUUCCAAACCCUAUGAGCUGCCACCUCACAAAUAUACAGACCGCCUCAACUCUUUUUAUGGAGAAACAACGGAGCGUGGUUUGAAUCGUUCAAUGCAGGAGGCUAUGAACAAAUUUGGCCCAAUAAACAUUCUAAUCCUCAAUGCUGGCUCUACCGAGGAAUCUCACAAGCACCCACUUUGGAAUCUACCAUUAGAUAUGUGGGAAGAAACAUGCCAAAAAGACUCUCGUAGGAUCUUUGUGACCGUCAAGCAGUUUCUUCGAUCAGCGAAGGCUUCUCAGGAUGCUCAGAGCGGUAGAGAAAUCAAGAACCUCGCUAUUGUGGUUGUUGGUAGUAGCGAGCCCGAGGGACAUGCCAUCCAUGACGGGGUACCAUAUGACCUGAUUCAAAGGCUGAGAAAAGAGAUAACUCAAUUGAACCGCAAGGCUCGGAUUAAUGCUGUGGUUCCUGGCGGAUUCAUAGAGACCAGAACGCAGUCUGAGAAACAUCCCAAGCCUUCACAGGAUACCAGCCUUCAGCUGAAGGCCUUGGUACGAGCAACGACUUUCUUAGCUUCGCAUAGUGAAGCUGGUCACUUGUCAGGCGAAUGCCUCGGUGUUGACAAUGUAAACGAAGGCAGACUUGUAUGGCGAGGAAAUGAGGCAAUCAGUUUCAGCAAGAGCCUGACAAGUCAAGCGUUAACCAUUCGGUCGGUUCCUCGACCAUUAUUACCGGCAUCUAAAAAUAAAAUCCGCGUGGCUGUGACAAUAGACCUUGAUGCUGUGUCUGGAUGGUUGGGAACAGGAUACUCUACUGAGAAUGUUCUGGCCGAUUACUCGGCUGGUUUCUUUGCGGCACAAGUCGGGGUACCGCGAUUAGUUGAGAUGCUUAAACGAACGGGUAUAGCCAACAAGGUGACUUGGUUCAUUCCUGGUCAUUCAGCAGAAAGCUUUCCAGAGGAAGUUCAGCAAGUUGUUGAUACUGGUUGCGAGAUUGGUCUGCAUGGAUACGCUCAUGAAGGCGCCUACUCGCUUACUGUACAACAGGAGCGCGACAUUCUCGAAAGAUGUAUCGAUAUCAUGACAAAGCUCACUGGGAAACGGCCGGUAGGCUACCGGGCCCCGUUGUACCAAGUCCGAGAGACUACGCUGGAUCUUCUGGAGGAGUACGGUUUCGAAUAUGACUCUUCUUUGACCGAUCACGACUGUCAGCCCUUUUUCGCUCCCCAUCGUCCACCCCUUCAGCCGAUUGACUACCGGAAACCCGCUUCAAGCUGGAUGCAUCCAAUCCCCGAUUCGUCCUCAGAUACUGAUUCAACAUCUGGACGUCGCGAACUGGUUGAAAUACCAUGCAACUAUUACAUGGAAGACAUGACACCUAUGCAAUUCCUACCACACGUCCACAACUCUCACGGAUAUGUCGAUGUGCGCUCAAUUGAGCAGAUGUGGAAAGAUCGAUUCCUAUGGAUACGAGAGCACGAAACUAACCCGAUCUUUACAAUCAUCAUGCACCCAGAUACCUCUGGUAUGGCUCAUGUUAUUGGCAUGGUCGAAAGAAUGGUCCGGUGGCUACAGAGCUGGGGGGAUGAGGUGGAGUUUAUGCAAGCUGGAGAGAUGGCGAGGUGGUGGCUUGCAGAGAAUGAAGAGGAUUGGUAA